AUGUCGAAACCCCAAUCUCCUUCGAAUCCGUAUGCCUCUGCCACAACCAAGCUUGGUGGCGGUGGAGAAGACUUUCAUAAACGGACGACCGCUCGGCUCGAGCAGAUCCAGUCUCAGCUCGAGGUCACCCCACGCAAGGACCGUCUGAAAGGCAAAGUAUGCAUCAUUACUGGUGUUGGCUCCUUGUUAGGUAUAGGACGCGCAACGGCGCUGCAGUUCGCGCAUGAAGGUGCCACUCAUCUGUACCUUCUCGACCUCGACGGAACGAACCUUCCGGAGCUCAAAGCAACCAUCGAGAAGCGAUAUCCAGAUGUGAAGGUCACCACUCUCGCCGCCGAUGCCACUAACGAAUCGGCUAUUGCUGGAGUGUGCAAGCAGGCUAUACAAGAGGAAGGAAGAUUGGACGUGUUUUUUGCUAAUGCUGGCAUGGCUAGCAAAGACCAUCUGCGCAAUAUCACGAGUGAAGGCUUCAUGAAGAUAAUGGCUGUAAACACGCUUUCUUGUUUCCUGGCCAUUAAGUAUGCCUCGGAAAUGAUGAUGAAGCCCAACCUAUCGCGCGGAAAAGAAUUUAGUGGAGGGAGUAUCAUUCUCACCGCCUCUGUUGCCGGCUUACGUUCUGGCGGCGGACCUUUAGACUACAGCGCAAGCAAAGCUGCUGUCAACAAUAUGGCACAAACAGCUGCGUGUCAGUUGCGGAUGUCUGACAUACGAGUCAACUCCAUUUGUCCAGGGUUGAUUGAGACCGGGAUGACGACCGGGGUCUUUCAAUACGCGAGGUCCAAAGGUACUGGCCCUAAAAUUGGCCAACUUAAUCCCUUGGGUCGCUAUGGCGUUUCUCAAGAGAUAGCCAAUGUAGCCUUGUUCCUUGCAUCUGACGAAUCUAGCUAUGUGAAUGGUCAAAACGUAGUUGCUGACGGCGGCCUUUCCAGUUCCUUCCCCGUUAUUCCAGGCCGGUGGUCUUAA